CCCAUUGACGACGCGUGGGGAACGCACACAUUCGGCGUUAAUACGAUACCAAUGGAGUUUCCCAUCUCCUCACAAGUAUCUCUGAUAAGAUCUUCACUAUGGUUGCGGAUGUAUCAAACCGGAAGAAAAACAGAAGUUGUGAAAUGACAUCGAAAAUUCACGGAGUUAUGAUUUAAACACGGUAUUUUAGUCGUCUUUUUUUACUACUGAAAACUGGGCAUACAGAACAUCGUUGACAUGGCAGGAAAGCAACGGGAACUACCGUCUUGGAUGGCAAGGAAGGAUGAGGACAGAGUGAAAGAGAAGGAGACACUGAAGAGGGUAACUUCAGCCAAGAGAACAAGGAGGAAACGAUUUGAAAGAGUGGCUUUCUACUGCAUGAAUGAAAAGGAGCUGGUAGAGGCAGCUGUCAGUUAUUUGAAUGAUUUUGGAGGUGGAGAAGAUGGAGUUAGUCAUGAUGACAAACAGGUCAAGAGUAGUGUGGUGGGCUGCUCUGUGAAUGCAAAAAACAACUGUGUCAAGGAGAAGAGGAGGAGGCUGUCUGAGUUGGACGUGGUGGAGAAGUCCUCAGACUCUGAUGCCCAGGAGAGGACGUACGUCUCAGAAACAGACCUCGACGUAGCCGAGGAGGAGACUCUACUGUACGCUCAAAACAACAACACUCACAAUAACAAUACAGAGCAGGGACCUGAGGGUCAGAGUUCUGGACCAGGUCGAGGUCACGGUCACGACGAUGCUGAUGGUCCAGGGGAUUUGGCUCAGGAUGUUGAAGGAGCAGAGGACCACUCACGGUCACAGUCUCCCACAGCAGACGAUGAUGCCCUCCGGCUUGUACGGGAGAUAUUCUUCACCUGAUGAUAAACCACGGAACACUUUGAACUUUGAGACGCUUUCCUUACAUACUGAGAUGGGGGGUACACAGUGGGGUCAUAUAGACUAAAGUAUCUUAAAAAUAGUCGAUGGGGGCAAAUGGGACCCAUGACAUGAAUGAUUUCCUUCUCUGCUAAUAGUGGGUUCUUGGUAUAUGUUAGUAAAUACACUACCAGUCAAAUGUUUGGACACACCUACUCAUUCAAGGGUUUUCUUUAUUUGUACUAUUUUCUACA